UAACCACAUGAUUACGACUCGGGCAGCUCAAUCAACACAUUUGCAGCUCGCAAAUCCGUCGCUAUACAGCAUUAUAAUACCUCUGUCACAUUUGGCGAAAAUCAAUCGGGCGACGAAGUCUAAAUGUUUGAACUGCACGAUACCACGUCUUGUCAGUGAGCGAACCCAAACUGGCACGAAAAGCCCAACCUCUUGAAUGCGAGUUAUAAUUACAGCACUUAUAGAAAAUAUUGUAGAAUAUAAGAUAAAGUCACGCAUGGUUACCGGGUAUGUCUGUACAUGUAAAGACAAACAACACACGCCAGUAUAACCCAUAACACGCGCAAGCGUAACCGGUUUUGCCAGUCCUCAACUAUUAACGUACACCACUAAAGAUGGCUCCCUCAAACACACCUCACGAUUGUUUACACUGACGUACUGUACGCCAGACUUGUACAGGUAGAUUUAGGUUCUGUAAGAAUGAAAGGUUUUAGUGGAUCUCUCAGGUGACACUUUGACCUCAUGAAUCAGCGCCACGUUUCCGCUUGGAGUCGUGAUGACCUUAGUGGGGAGGCAAACAUUAUCUCUGGGUCUUACGUGUCAGGUCAUUAACCUUGCCGACGGCCAUCAGUGUCCUGACGAUAAUACAGGGCGGACUGUCUCACAUACGGGCACUGAGGAUGAGACCUAUCUUCAAGAUGUACCUCAUUCUAUCCUGUUUCGUGGGAUUCACCACUGUCUUCAUGUUACUGAAAUUAAGAAAUACACUGAGACAAAAUAUGCUGGACAGAAUGAGCCGGGCCCAGCUGCAGUCAGUCCCACAGUUUGUAGAAGCGCCACACGCCGAUGGGAACAUGAAUUACAGCACGAAUGCAACGGAAACAGAAAUGGGAAAACGUCUUUCAUCAAUUGAACAUGGUUGGGUCUUCGACCACUCAGAAUUGAUAAGGCUGAGAACGAAGUUAUCUACAAUCCACACGAGAGAAGACUUCACCAUGACCCGCAACAACACGCCUCUACACUCCCAGGUGCCGUUCACGUCAGAGAGGCGGAGGUACAACGUCUCAGAACUCCUGUAUAACAGGCUACCCCAGGGACCACCAGAUUUUCAGACAAAGCGCUUCAAGAACUGCAGUAUAGUCGGGAGUAGUGGGAUCUUAUCGAGAAGCGGGUGUGGUCCUCAAAUUGACUCCUCUGAGUUUAUAUUCCGGUUCAAUAUCCCGCCUCUGGUUGGACAGUACACUGAUGACGUAGGGAAAAGAACGGAUCUUGUAACAUGUAACCGGCAUAGGUUUAACAAGAGACUGUCCAAUCUGGACUCAUCGAAGGACAGAAAACUUUUCAAAGGAAUCUUGAAUGGACAGUUUCCGACUUUGUCAUAUAUUUGGCUCCACCCCUUCUCCAUACUUCGCGACGUGAGAAAUAUUUUAUCAUUUCCCGAUGUACUGAAGAAAAUCGAGUCUCCCGUCAAGGCCGUCUUCAGCAAUCCGAGGUACAUCAUUCGUAGCCACAGAUUCUGGGAGAAAAAUGGAGUGAAAGAGAAGAUAAUGACCUCUGGUUUCACCUUCGUCAGCUUUGCUUUGGAAGUUUGUGAUGAACUUCACGUGUACGGGUUCUGGCCAUACUUGGAGGACCGGCGAGGAAACCGGAUAGGCUACCACUACACUGACGACAACCAUUAUGGGAGGGGCCUAACCACGCGUGGCCACAAGAUGCCGCGAGAGUUCACCAAACUCCUGGAUCUGUACAAGAAAGGCGUUUUGAGAUUAGUGACAGAUAAAUGUAUUUCAUAAUCAACUAACCACCUCAUGUUAAGAUUUCUCAAUAUAAAUACUGUAUCUACUAUUAUGCAACUUUGCAAGAAAUAAAGUUGCGGAUACCCUCAGAAAUAUUCCCAAGUUAAUAUGGGAGUUAUUGGAUGGUAUUUAACGUUUUUACUGUAUUAAAAAUAUCUUACGGACUUUAUAAAUAAAACUAUAAACAAGUAGAGAUACUUUACAACUUUACGUUUCGAGAAGUCGAAUAUAUGUAUAUCAACCCUGUAUUUGUUGAUAAAAAAAUGUACUAAGAUCAAAGAUAACAUAGAAUCAUGUUUUUAUACUUUGAGUUAAGAAAGUGAAAUCAUUACCGUUUCCAUGGUGAUUUCUACGAAACGUUUCAACAUGGACCACCUCAUGAAUUUGCAAUAAAGAAGAUCUGUUCAAAUACCUUAUGUCAUCAUCUAACUACGAUAUACUGGAAAAACUCUGUAAGCUCGUCCACGCAUGUUUUAAGAA